UCAAAUCAAGGGCCCUCGAUUGGCAUACGGCAUUUGCAGGCUGUGCUGCUCUUUGUGAUUCUAACCAUCAAUUUGGUGGUAAGAUUCAAUGUGGGCGUGUCUGUUGUAGCCAUGACUAAUGCGGCUUCCACCAAUCCAGACUUUCCAGAAUUUGCCUGGACAGAGGCGCAGAAGUCUUACAUUUACUCCAGCUUCUAUUGGGGCUACGUGUUGACCAAUUUCUUGGCCGGAUUUCUGGUGCGUCUCUUUGGUGCUAAAGCACUCAUUUUGGUAACAACCUUGGGCAGUGGCGUACUCUGCGCUUUGACGCCUCUGGUCAUAGGCUGGUGGGAGUGGCAGGCCUACUGUGCAAUGCGCAUACUGCUGGGAAUCUUCCAGGGCGCACUUUAUUCCUGCACGCUGCAUCACAUGGCCAAAUGGUCGCCACCCAAGGAACGCAAUCGCCUGGGCGCCUUUGCCUAUUCAGGCGCCUAUCUCGGCACUGUGCUGGCCACAGCUAUAAGCGGACCCAUAGCAAGCAGCAGCUGGGGCUGGCCGGGCAUUUCCUAUGUAUGCGCAGGCAUUUGUGUGGUGGGCGGCCUGCUCUUUUGGCUUUUGAGCGACAAGAAUCCGCCCAGCUCGCGUUGGAUUAGUCAGGCUGAGCUUGUCUACAUUGAGAGCUCGCUGCACAGAGAGGAGGGCUUCCAUGCCAAGAAGAUACCCGUGCCCUGGCGUGCCAUCUUCACCUCAGUACCUUUUAUUUCUCUCACAAUCGUAAGCAUUGCUCAGGGCUGGGCUAAUGCCACUUUGCAAACCCAGACACCUGCCUAUAUGCAUGGCGUGCUUCAAAUGGAUAUAAAAAGCAACGCUCUCUACUCGUCGCUGCCUAAUCUAGUUAAAUGGAUCAUGUCCUACGUCUUCCUGGCAUUUGCUGAUGUAUCCACCACACGCAAUUGGAUGUCACAGACAAAGUUGUGCAAGCUGCUAAAUACUUUGGCCACCUGGGGACCUGCUUUGAUAUUAGUUGGCAUUGGCUUUCUGGACAAGAAUCAAAUUGAACUUGCUGUGGGACUUUUAGUACUCGAUGCUGCCAUAAGUGGAGGCGGACUAAUUGGCAGCACUUUACCCCUAACAGAUCUUUCACCUAAUCAUACGGCUAUGCUUAUGGCCAUUUCGAAUGGCUGUGUGGUGUUCUUUGUAAUGUUUGCGCCCUUAUUUGUCGGUGUCGUUGUCACGGAUUCUAGCUCGCGUGCUCAAUGGCAAAUUGUGUUUGCUAUGACGGCCGCCAUCUUUUUCAUCGGCAACUUGAUCUAUGUCAUUUGGGGCUCCUGCGAGCUGCAGCCUUGGGAUGCUGUAGACUACUUGAAAGUGAAAGAUGUGGAGUCAGACGCGGAGAAGAAUCAAGCUGACAAAGUGACUAAUGAAGAAAAAGUUCCAGAAAAGUGUUCAUAA